CGGCGCCCCUGGAUCUCGCGCGCAGACGGCGGAAGGAGGAUAAAUCCAGGUUCGGAUUCGCAGUCGGUGUCAGUCCGGGGGGGAACAGAGAGGAGGGGAGGAGUGCGAGCCGGAGGAGCUUUCCAUCGACACCAGGAGUUUACACAUGAAGGUUUGCUGGUUUUUGAAGUUUUGACGUGAGAAGCAACAACCCACGCGAGCGGUGAUUUUCCUCCCGACCCGAUGAGAACCCCGCGCGCGCUCUCGGCCAGGGACGGAGGAUCUAAAGUUGUUGGAGGUGUCAUUAGCUGGUGCUAAGGAUGUUUUUGUUAUAUCACCAGGCGUGGAGGUAGUCCUACAUCAUCUGUGAAUUGUUCCCCCUCCGAACCUGGGAGUGGCGAUGGUCCACUGGACCACAGUGUGGGGGACAUGCAUCCGGCUCCAGACUCUGCUGGCCUUCGCCUUGGCCAACUGUCCCUCACAGACCCCCAGCCCGCUCAACUUCUCCGUUGUUUACACCAUGCCCUUCUUUCAGGCACAGGGACCCAUCCAGAACAUAGUGAACAACUCAAUUUACCAGGAAGUCUACGUGGCCUCACGGAAUGUCAUCGAAGCUGUCAACAGGAGUCUGGAAAAGGCCUGGGAGCUCCGCACUGGGCCGGUUGGAAGCCCAGAGUGUCGCAUAUGCAACUUAUGCGAUAUCGAUAAGGAUUACAACUUUCUGGAGGACACGGACAAUCAAGUGUUGUUGCUGGACACUCCUUUUAUGUAUUUAUAUUCCUGUGGAAGCUCUCAGUAUGGUGUUUGCUAUUUUCACGAGCUGAACUCAAACGGAGGACUACCUUCUCGCUCUAAGUGUUUGUUCAGGAAGAGCGCAAACUCUGCUGCUUAUUGUCCAGACUGCGUGGCGAGCCCUCUGGGUACCAAAGUCUCAAUGGUAGAGGAGGGUCAGGCAGUCUACUUUUUUGUUGCUGCCUCCAUCAAUGAUAGCGUUACCCAACGUUAUGGAAGGAAGUCGAUAUCAGUUCGCAGACCACUGGCCACAGAGGAUGGUUUCUAUAGUGAUGUGCGAGGCCUUACUGUCCUGCCUACCCUCCGGAGGACUUACCAUAUUGACUAUGUCUACAGCUUCUUCACUCAGGAGUUUGUCUACUUCCUCUCGGUCCAAAGAGAGAGCCCAGAUCAGGAGUCAUCUCCAUUUCAGACUCGUCUGGGACGUCUGCCCCGGAGCGAGUGGGAGGUGAAGAGGUAUCGUGAACUGAUCCUGGAGUGUCGCUUUGAGCCUAAGCGCAGGAGGAGGAACGUUCGCGAGCCCUACAAGGACGUCGUGUACAACGUGGUCCAGGCGGCGUACUUCGGCAAGGCGGGCAGGGAGCUGGCGGAGGAACUGGGGGCGGAGGAGGAGGACGACAUCCUCUAUGGGGUGUUUGCUGUGACUGAUGACAAUGGGGUCACGGAGAACGACUCGGCUCUGUGCGCCUUUCCUAUGGACAGUGUGAACAAGGCAAUCGUUGACGGCGUUGAUGAUUGCUGUCAGUCUGGGCCAGAGCAACUCUCCAGAGGGCUUUGCCACUUCCAGCCAUGCGAAAGCUGUCCACACGAGAGCAUGGAGAACAACGCCACGUGCAACGACCAUCCCACCAUGGUGUCAAAGCCGUACUACAGAGUGGACCUCUUCAACAGGAAGAUGACCAACGUCCUGCUCACCUCUCUCCUGGUGACGACCAUAGAGAACAAAACCGUUGCUCACAUUGGCACCUCAACUGGACGUCUGCUUCAGCUUGUGUUGACAAGAUCCAGCCCAGACAUGUUUGCCAACUACUCCUUGGUCGAGAAUCAGAGGGUGUCUUCUAUUGCUGCUGUUUACUCCUCGGAGUAUCUGCUAUUUGUAGUUGGAGACAAGAUGAUUCAGGUGCCCCAGAGGGGGCCCGGCUGCCAGCACUUCAUGACCUGCGUCACGUGCCUGACGGCCCCGAAGUUCAUGGGCUGCGGUUGGUGCUCUGGAGUGUGUUCGUGGAAGAGCGAGUGCCACAGCCGCUGGAGGAAUGAAUCCUGUCCGCCUGGUAUCAGUGGGUUUUUUCCAAGGACUGCUCCCCCUGAUGGACAAACGGAGCUUACGGUGUGCGGAUGGGAGUUUCAGUCGCCGCUUCGACCUGCUAUCACCUCCAAGACCCACCAGGUCCGACUGGGACAGACCGCCUGCACUGUGAUUCCACUCAAAAGCAACAACACGCAUUUAGUAUGUAAGAUUCGCUCUGGGACCUCCGAGCUGUUCAAGCCGGUCAACAUUACAGUGGACGUGCACGAGGGCAGGGUGGAGGGCCGCUACUCUAUUGAUGGCAAGGCUGAAGUACCAGGGUUCACGUUUGUGGUUCCAAACAUCACAGAAAUCCAGCCUAACUACGGACCGCGUGUCGGAGGAACACUCAUCACGAUCACUGGGUUCCACUUAGAUGCUGGAAAAAACAGAAGAGUCACUCUGAAUGAAGUACCCUGCCAUAUGAGAAGGUCCAAAUCAGUAGCCAAUGUUUCGUCCAUCAUCUGCUUGUCCCAGGCCAUCUCGGAGGUGAGGGAUGUCCCGCUGAGCGUUUUCAUCGACAAAUCUCCAGUCCACACCACAAAGGUGUUUUACUACAAGGAAACUCCGAAGAUCACGGCCGUGCUGCCCGCCUGCAGCUUUCACAGAGGUUCAAAGAUCGUGAUCGAAGGGGAGAACCUCGACUCGGUUUACCGCACCGUAAUCCGCUUUAAGCCCAACGAGAGCCACCUCAGAGCAGUAACAACGGAGUGCAUUGGGAAGUCCCUGCCCACUCAGAUGGAAUGCGUCACUCCGGCGUUCCAGAGGGAUGAGAGCGAGGAGGGCCUGCUGUCGUUUGACAUGGACGGCGCCCAGGGCCUUUGGAACAAAGAGUUCUCCUAUCACCCCUACGGAGAACCCAUUCCUUUUGAAACAGAGGGACAUGUGCUCAGUUUGUAUCCUGGGUUUGACGAAGUGUCCCUUCAUCAUAAGAAACUGAACCUGGUGAGCUCCUGCAUGACCAUCAUCAUGACAGUGGCCGAUGUCGACUGCGAUGCCAAAGUCCUGGAUAAUGAGAUAACCUGCAGGAUCCCUAAAAACAUCACCAUUCCCAGCGAGGGACUUCCAGUGAAGAUCUCCAUCAACGGCCAGGUUCAUAAUGUUGGCACGGUGGUGAGGGUCAACAAUCACUACAUGGUGGGAGUAGUUCUGGGAAUCCUGGCUGCUCUGGUGGCCGGGGCCGUGCUGGCCUUUGUUGUGAUGAAACAUUUGAGAAAGAAAAAGAAAGCCUCAAUGAUAGAAGCCCGUUUGUCCCACUCUGCCACUCGCUCUGUGACCAACACUGUGGAAAUGUCUCCCACGGGAGACUACAGGAGAGUCGUUUCCCUGAGCCCCCCGACCCCUUUGAUUGGGCCGGUGGUGUUUCGGGGCCUGGCCUACUCCGCCUGCAACAGAGAUCCGACCCUCACCCCACUCAUGCAGACAGAGAAGAUCUCCAUCUCCAGCUUCAGACCUGAGCUGCUGGAGGAGGUGAAGGACGUUCUCAUUCCUGCUGAGAUGCUGAUAGUGCAGCACCACCGCAUCAUCGGGAAGGGUCAUUUUGGAACUGUCUACCAUGGUUACUUAUCAGACUCCAACAACAGAGAAACUCACUGCGCUGUCAAGUCUUUGAAUAGAAUAACGGAUGUGGAAGAGGUGGAGCAGUUCCUGAAAGAGGGCAUCAUAAUGAAGGGUUUCCACCACACCAACGUCCUGUCUCUGCUGGGCAUCUUCCUGCCGCAGGAAGGGCUCCCCCUGGUGGUGCUUCCGUAUAUGAAACACGGAGACCUACGGCACUUCAUACGCUGCGAGAAGAGGAACCCGACCGUAAAGGAUCUCAUCGGAUUUGGGCUGCAGGUCGCCAAGGGGAUGGAGUAUUUGGCAACCAAGAAGUUUGUCCACAGAGAUCUCGCUGCGCGCAACUGCAUGUUGGAUGAGUCGUACACGGUGAAGGUGGCGGACUUUGGCAUGGCCAGAGACGUUUUCGAUAAGGAAUACUACAGCGUACAGGAUCACAAGAAGGCUAAGCUGCCCGUCAAAUGGAUGGCCAUCGAGAGUUUGCAGACGCAGAAAUUCACCACCAAGUCAGACGUGUGGUCCUUUGGUGUUCUGAUGUGGGAAAUGCUGACCAGAGGAGCGAGCCCCUACCCAGAGGUGGACCCUUAUGACAUAACGCAUUACUUACUGAAAGGCAGGAGGCUUCCCCAGCCACAGUACUGCCCUGACCCACUAUAUCGCAUCAUGCUGCAGUGCUGGGAUCCUGAUCCGGAGCUCAGGCCCAGCUUCGCCAUUCUGGUUUUGGCCGUCUCCACCAUCCUGUCAAGCCUGGAGGGAGAGCAUUACAUCAGCCUGAACGUCGCCUACGUGAACCUGGACCAGCCGCGGCCGUACCCCGCUCUCACAGACUCCCCCGAUGAGUAUGACUCCACAGACGAGUCUGAAGACUCCGGCUCAGACUCGGACUCUUCCUGAUGCAGGAAACAAACAAACUAAACAAACCAAACAAGCCACUCUCCUCUGACACAUUUGUGUGUUUUAUGUCAAAGCAGGAAAAACAAAGUACCUUCUUACUGUCUGAGGACAUGAAUGUGAUAAUAAGAGACUGCAGGUUACCUGAACAAUACCAAAAGCUGUUAGUUUUUCUGUUUGAAAACGUAGGAACAUUAGUCACGUCUCAAAACUGCCUCUGUGGGCCAAAGUAUCAUCCUUUGUGUAUUUUUCAUACAGCGGCACCUCCAUUAAAUAUAUAUAUAUAUAUAAAUAAUUCAACACAAAAACUGAAACUCAUUUGACUCCUUGGUAUAUAUUUCAAGCACUUAUUUCUCUUAAUUUUGAUGAUCAUGUUUUACACCUAAAACAUAUUUGUAACAAAGAAAUGCCGGCAAGCUGGAAAGUAUUUGUGCGUCCUUUUAAACCCAUUACUGCAUUGAGUCUGUGUAGAAUGGAUGUGGAGGUGUUAAGGAAGCCCAAGCUGUUUUAAUCAUGGACUUUAGUGGGAGUGGCUUUUACCACACAUUUUCCUUCCACUAAAUUUCCCAUGAAUCUGCUUUACCGCAGCUCUGUGCUGAACUUCUAUUGCUUCCUCUGCCUGUGGAGUGUGUCACUGACUGUCAGCUGGGGAAAUGUUAAGUCAGCACUUCACCUUGAAUUUUUUUUUUUUUUUAGGCCACAAUAUUUCCGUAUUAAAAAAAACUUUCUUUGUUUUGGUCUUUUGUAAAAUUUUAAUUUUGUAAUAAACUAAAUUAGUUAUUUUUUAUUAGUUGUGAGCAGUAAUUAUCAAAACGAAAAGAAUGAAAUGGGUAUGCCCAGAGAAAUCAGCCGGUUGGUAAAUCGCACCAAUUUCCUUAAAUUUUGGAGAUCAGCCAAAAUGUACUUGCAUGUGAAACAGAUCAUGUCUAAAAUCAGCCACUGUCCCGUUUGCCUCUGCCAGCAUAUUCAGCAACUUUUCAGACAAAGAAAAAAAAAAAAAAAAAAAUCGGUAUUGGCGAAAAUCAGAAUCGGCAGGUCAGGCUUUCUAAAGGUAGGUGAUCGAUCAGAAAACUGCAAUUGGUGCAACCCUAGAACUAAAUGGUUGAAACCGAUCACUCUGUAUGUAAGGAUAUCUGAGUUUCCUCUUUGAAUUUAAAUUACUGAAGUAAAUGAAAAUGUCUGAUUUUACAAUUCAUUGAGUUGGACCUGUUAGGCAUUUAUAACUUAACAAUGUUUGAUAUAGUGGCAAUGGAGGAAUUAGAACAUGAAUUCAGGGAAAUGCUUCCUUUUGUUUUAACUCAAAGACAUAAAGAACUUUUGAAGGCCUUGAUUUAAUGAUUUAAUGCUCUAUUUACCUUUAUUGUUUUAUUCUGGAAAUUGAAACAACAAAAAAAUCCCACACCCACACCAUCACACACAACCUCUGCCAAAAACUGUUUAGUAUUGGCAUAGAGGCUUUCCAAUGAUAUAGAAAUGAUCACCAAUAAGCUUUAGGGAGACACGUAAUUAACCAAACACAAAUGUUCUGACUUCUUUUGCUGUUUGUUACUCACCCGUUAAGUAGCUGGCUGUCUAACUAGCUAGCUAGCACUCUUUUAAUGUUGCUAAACAGCACUGUAGUAUAGUUAUACAGUACAAGUUUAACACAUUACAGCAUGUAGUGCCAAUAUGCCAACAAAGGAAAAAUAUGUUAGUUUGCCAACAUUUUUUUUAGCACAGCUUUGUAGCACCUCACUGGCCUUUAGUCAGACUGCAUCUCACUUAGCUAGCUAAUGGUUAGCUUGAUGGCUUCUUUUUUAAAGGUUAGCCGCUCUUAGCCAUGUUUUUUUUUUUUUUUUUACAAAACUUGUUAGUGCUAAGCAAAUAGCAUGGAAAUAUUUUUAACUUUGCUGUUUUCCUGUUAUUCGUGUAAAUAUGACGACUGUAGCGUCAGUUGUUCCACACAACGACGAGUAAAACAUUAUUCAACACUACGUGGUUCACUUUUACAAUAGCGUCACGUUAAACGCAUUCCUACAUUUUCUGCCGUUUUUCCAGUGUAAAUAAAAGAUGAGCAAGUUAGUCUGUUGAUAUUUCUGUCCUUGAAAUAGUGUAAUAAAAUAUUUAUUUGUUUAUA